AUGGCUAAACCAAGGCUUAUCAUUCUCAUCCGGCACGCUCAGUCCGAGGGCAACAAGAACCGCGAAAUCCACCAGACGAUCCCUGACCACCGAGUGAAGCUUACACAAGACGGCUGGCAACAAGCCUACGAUGCUGGGCGCCGCCUGCGCAAGCUGCUGCGUGCCGACGACACCCUCCACUUCUUUACGUCGCCCUACCGCCGCACUCGCGAGACAACUGAGGGCAUCCUGUCGACGCUGACGUCCGACGAGGAGGAUCCCUCGCCCUUCAAGCGAUCCAACAUCAAGGUAUACGAAGAGCCUCGUCUACGUGAGCAGGACUUCGGCAACUUUCAGCCUUGCUCCGCGGAAAUGGAGCGCAUGUGGCAGGAACGCGCCGACUACGGACACUUCUUUUAUCGUAUCCCCAACGGUGAGAGCGCCGCAGACGCCUACGACAGAGUUAGCGGCUUCAACGAAAGUCUGUGGCGCCAGUUUGGCGAGGACGACUUCGCCAGCGUCUGUGUCUUGGUGACACACGGGCUCAUGUCGCGCGUCUUCCUUAUGAAGUGGUACCACUUCACCGUCGAAUACUUCGAGGAUCUGCGUAACGUCAACCACUGCGAGUUCCUCAUCAUGCGCAAGCAAGAAGAGAGCGGCAAAUACAUUCUCGAAAACAAACUCCGAACAUGGUCGGAACUGCGGAAGGAGCGGGCUCUGCUCAAGGAGAAGGAAGAUAAGGAGCGGAGCGAGGAAGGACGAUCGAUCAAGGAUGCCAAAGCGGGAACCCUUCUCGAACGCAGUAAGACAUUUAUCGUCACGCGGCGUUGGGGUGGCUGUCCUAACGGGUGUGACCACAAGAAUCACUACCAGAGACGUGAUGACCUGGAAGCCCUCCGCCAGACCGACGAGGUCACCUCCAACGGGACAGUAGGCAACGGUUACUCCCGGCGGCAGUCCCCCGCACCACGGAGACAACUCAAGCGGUGCGAGCAGGGUUACACUUCAGACGAAGGAACCGACGGUGAUGGCCGGCCUCCGCAAAUUGACAUCACCCGCGCGCGUCAAGAGGUCGUCUCGUCACCCGACGGUACGCCAUCGUUCAUCUCCGCCGAAGACCGUCGUCUGCGGGGUAUGAUAUCACCGCAUCUGCAUGUCGGCCGCGACUUUGGCGGCACAUACUCAGGACACACGUCGAUUGCUGGUAGCGAUACGGACUCGUCGGAGGAGGAAGGGCACCGGCCCGAGAUAACUACCGCCGUCACCAAGAUCAGGGACGAGCAGCCUAACGAGAACGACGCAAACGGGAUGCGGAGAGGGGCACGCGCCAACCGUCUUGGUGACACCCAUAGUAGCGACCUGGGCUCUGAGGCGGACGAGGACGACCUUGCGCGGGCCGAGAAAGAGGACAGGAGUAUACAGGGGAGUGUUUAUUGA